CCACGAUCCACAGCACUGGAACCUCUGACUCUCCCUGCUUGUCAUUUCCCGUCCCUAUAUAUAUGAUGCCGCCAAAAGCCCUCUUCCCUCCGUAGCUUGCCUUCUCCUUCGCCAGACACGCACGCCCCCUCCUACCGACCGAAAACGACACGUAAUCUCGCUACAAUGAAGGCCGUUCUCGCGCUCUUCGCCCUCGUCGGCGCCGCCGCCGCCCAGAGCUCGUCCGCCGCCGUGCCGACCAGCACCGCCGGCAUAGACCCGUGCAUUCUUUCCUGCGUCCAGAGCGCCGCGAGCUCUGCUGGCUGCUCCAGCUUCACGGACCUCACCUGUAUCUGCUCGUCCUCCGCCUUCCAGACGAGCGCACUCGCGUGCCUCACCGCAAACUGUCCCGCCACCGACCUCGCCGCAGCCCAGGCCCUUCAGUCCGCAGAGUGCGCCGCAGUGAGUGCGAGCUCGUCCGCCUCCUCUGCUACCGGGUCCGCGGCCUCUUCCGCCCUCUCGAGUGCAUCUUCCGUGCUCUCCAGCGUCUCCUCCGCCGUCUCGUCCGUCUCCUCCGCGGCCUCUCGCCCCAGCUCCGCGUCCGGUUCUGGCUCGUCCAGCACGCACGCGUCGACCUCCGGCUCAGCCUCCGGAACGUCUGGGUCAGCCUCGAACACCUCCAGCGCAGGCACCAGAGUCGACUUCGCGAAGGGCGGACUGAUUGGUGUGAUGGUCACGUUGGUUGGUGUCGCCGCCGGCGCGGGCAUGGUGUUGUGAACAAUGUAUAUUUGGCGCGAAAAGUGCGGUUAUGCGGGCUGGUGUGUGAUAAAAGGUGUUGUACAUGCUGUGACAAUGUAUAUUGGUGCGGUCUGAAAUGCCGUUUGAAGUCGUGAUGGGCGUGAUGGAUGGUGUCUGCAUUGUGUCUGCGUCUCGGUCGAUGGAUAGCUUUCAUGGGGGCAAUCCGACGCUCUCUAGGAAACCGUCACCUGCCAGACCCCUUGCUACGUACACAACGGCGCUCUGAUGCGACGCGCGCGAGACCGUGAACAGUUCAGCUCACCACUUCGACAGAUCCUGAACCUAGAGUCGGCGCCUGAGCAUGCAGU